CGUUGCCAUUUGUUUUUAUUUAAAUUUAUGGUUUGAAUUGAAAAUAGCUAAAUAAUCCCUAUAAACAAGCUGUUUAACCAUACGGCAUCUCUAAGCAAUCGAUUAAUUCUCUCUCCCUUAAAGUAAUAACAUCUCUAAGCAACAACAAAAUACAUAAUGAUAACAAAAAACAGCUGUUUUGUAAAAAAAAUCUUCUCGCUCUUUCUUACCCAUUAACAACAACAAAACACACACUUUCUUCCACAGCACUAACAACAAAUAAUACACGUCAGUAUUUGUUUGUAAAAUAGUUGAAGUAAAUUUGCAAAAUAUUAAAUAAAUUUACAAUUAAAAUGGUUAAAUUUAAAAUAAAAUCAUAAAUUAUUAAAGUAAAAGUUAUAAUGCUCGUUAACAAUCAAUAAAAACCCGAAAACAAGUGAAUAAAAAUACAUAUUACCCCAAAAACUAUUGAAACACGGAAGCCCAAACUGAAAAAUUCCCUUAGCCAACAUGACAAAACAACGUAGACACUCUCAUCGUGAAUCCACAGGCAGCAAUGCCAGUAAAGAAGCAGCUCUUAUUUCAUCAGACAAACGCCCCUCUUAUGCUGUCGAAAUGAAUGCCUUUCUCAUAAAAGAACCCAAAAAGGAAUUGGUCUUGAAACUAUCCUAUUAUCAUUUGGUAUUUUUCCUCUCCGGUAUAUUAGCCAUAUGUGUUUAUUAUCACUAUCCCUGGUAUCGCAUCAGCAAUAGACAAUUGCAACAUUUACCCGCCGAUCAUUAUCUGCAAAUAAGAGAUGAUUUUGCCAUCUAUGCUGAGGUUGUAGAAAAUGUUGAUCAGCAGCAAGCUUUAAGGGAAUUUUAUGGGGAAAGUGGUGCCGCAGUCGCUAAUUUACCCAAAGAAGAUACUAAUGUUAAGGAAGCCCUGGGCUCUUUAAAACUAGCUCUGGAUAUGUAUAAGGCGGGGAAAAUGGAUAAGGCCCAGAAAUUGUUUGAACAUGCUUUUGCUUUGGCUCCUAAGCAUCCGGAGGUGUUGUUGCGUUAUGGCGAGUUUUUGGAACAUUCGCAGAGCGAUGUUGUGCUGGCGGAUCAAUAUUAUUUUCAGGCUUUAACCAUAAAUCCAAGUUAUUCCGAAGCGUUGGCCAACCGUCAACGUACCGCCGGUAUAGUACAAACCAUAGACGAAAGACGUCUUAUGGAAUUAGAUCGUAAACGUGAUGCUCUUUCGGGUAUACACGAAUCGAAUGCAGCUUUAAGAAGAGCCAAGAAAGAAGCUUAUUUCCAGCAUAUCUAUCACUCUGUGGGUAUAGAAGGCAAUACCAUGACUUUGGCUCAAACUAGAUCUAUAUUGGAAACACGUACCGCUGUCGAUGGCAAAUCCAUCGAUGAACAUAAUGAAAUUUUGGGUUUAGAUUUAGCCAUGAAAUAUAUCAAUGCCAGUUUGGUGAAUAAAAUGGAAAUAACUUUGAAGGAUAUUUUGGAUAUACACCGGCGUGUUUUGGGUCAUGUAGAUCCUAUAGAGGGAGGAGAAUUUAGACGUACUCAGGUUUAUGUGGGCGGUCACGUACCUCCUGGACCGGGAGAUUUGUCUAUAUUGAUGAGACAUUUUGAAAAUUGGUUAAAUUCGGAACAGGUUUUGUCGUUGCAUCCAAUAAAACAUGCCGCCUUGGCUCAUUACAAACUGGUCCACAUACACCCCUUUAUUGAUGGUAAUGGAAGAACUUCCAGAUUAUUAAUGAAUACUUUACUAAUGAGAGCUGGCUAUCCACCAGUCAUUAUACCCAAACAACAAAGACACAAAUACUAUCAAUAUCUGCAAUUGGCCAAUGAUGGCGAUAUACGUCCCUUUGUACGCUUUAUAGCAGACUGUACGGAGAAAACUUUAGAUUUAUAUCUAUGGGCUACCAGUGAUUUACCACAACAAAUACCCAUGUUAGAACAAACUGAACACACUUUAGCUAAUAUCGAUAAAUUAGUAACACCCACUAGCACAACACAAAAGCACAAUUCACCAGCCACAGCUGCAGCACAGACUUCUACGAAAGAUCAGGUUACCAUAGAGGAAGAAGACUAUUUUGCACCCGAAUCUGGUUCUGGUGACAUUUCCUAGCAUUGGCCUAAUGUUAAGCUAAUGCUACAAAAAAUCUUAAUAAUACUUUUAGGAAUUACAACUUUUAUUUUAACUUUAUUAUAUUGCCUACUAUUAGGUGUUUUAAAUGUUUUACUUUAAAACAACUAAAAGUGUUUUCUAUAUUCAUUUGCUGUUCAAAACUUAAAGGUGCUUUAGAUAAUGUUGUUUUUCCUUUUAUUAUUAUUUUAUAUGACUGUGAUUAUUAUUUUUUAAUUAAUUAAACCUAAAACCAUGUAUAACAUACUAAACUGUAAAUAACGAAAUUGUUAAACCAAAAACAUAUUUACAAAAAAACUAAUUUAAUUAUUUAUUUAUGAAAAUAAUAUAAAAGCGUCAUAAUACAUCAAGUAAUUUAACAACUUCUUUAUUUGUAAAAGCCUUGAAGAAUCUUUUUCUAGUUUAAAAAAGUAAAAAGUUAAGAAAAUUUUUAAAAUUUAAAACAGAAUUUUAUAAAUAAAAGAUUUC